AUGAACCAAGUCGAACUCUCGCACCGAGGUGCCUACAUCGACCAGAUGAACCUGCAGAGUAUCCAGUGCUCGAGCGAUCCGGCGGCAACGUCACGCGAUGGCUACAACAAAUUUGAGCGGAGUCUAAAAGUGACCCUGUCGACCGCCGAGGAGCCACGCGCCUCUGAGCGAGACUUCAGCUCUCAGAAUCAACCAUUUCCGGUCGCCACCGGCAUCAGUAACAAAAACGGACUUCCCCUUGCUCGCCGGUUUAGGAAGGAGAACAAGGUAGAAACAUUGUUCUGUGGCGUGCGCUUCAGUUCAUAUAAAAGCUUCCCUUACUUUGAGAGUCUGGAUUCAAGUAUGGAGACUAAGCAGUCGAAGCCACGAAAUCCACUCGCGUCCAUCCGUCGCAUCUCGGGCGCGAGGCGAGUCAAAGUCACUGUGUAUGGAAAGAUUUAUACGGCACUCGUUCCCCUGCCGAUACCAUUCAACGAGAGACAGCCAAUUCCCCAGAUAGCAUAUAUACCACCGCUGUUCGUUCACAACACUCUUUCAAUCCAAUUACCGUUCAUCAAUUUCGACUGGUCUGGGAACCCAUACCGUUCUGGCAUCCGCCCUAUCGACGUCGGGCACAUUUACACGGAGCAGCUGACAGAAUGUAUGGAAGGUGGCCGGGACCAUGUGUUUGCACACGUCCCGUUUUCCAACAUUAUAUUCUUGUUCCAAUUUGAGGCAAGUGAUCCAAACCGGCUUACCCGGGCGCAGCUAUUGGUGAAGACUCGUGAUAUUUUUCUCAGUCUUUUGAACAGCCGAGGGACACCCGAUCCAGUGUACGACCGAGGGGUUCAACUUCUUUUGGCGGCCAAGGGCGUGAAGUACGACGGAAUGAUUAUGACGGGUAUCUCACAGCUACACGGGAACAUCUUUCGCGUCCACUGUGACACGUGGCUUGAAAGUUCUGCGGAGCCUUCUCCGUGA